GGGAGCGGCGAGCCGAGCGGCGGCUGGAGGGCCUCCAGCCAUGGGUUCCGUGGGGGGCGAGCGCUUCAAGGACCUCAGCCCCGUGGUGACGCCCGAGGGGAACGUGGUGAUGAGCUUCAGCUUCGACAGCUACCAGCUGGAGGAAGAGGAGCUUCAGGCCAAAGGCUGCCAGGCCAAAGGGGUCCUCACCUUCAUGGAGCCAGUCUGCGAAGACCCUGCGCCCCAGGAUCGCUACCAUGGGAUCUACUUUGCCAUGCUGCUAGCAGGGGUCGGUUUCCUCUUGCCUUACAAUAGCUUUAUCACAGAUGUGGACUAUCUCCAUCACAAAUACCCAGGGACCUCGAUCGUGUUUGAUAUGAGCCUUACGUACAUCUUGGUGGCCUUGGCAGCCGUCAUCCUCAACAACGCACUGGUGGAAAUGUUGAGCCUCCACACCAGGAUCGCGGUGGGAUACCUGUUUGCCUUGGGGCCCCUCCUCUUUGUCAGUAUCUGUGACGUCUGGCUGGACCUCUUCACCCAGGCACAAGCUUACGCCAUCAACCUCAUUGCCGUGGGCGUGGUGGCCUUUGGUUGCACAGUGCAGCAAUCCAGUUUUUAUGGCUACACCGGGAUGUUACCGAAGCGCUACACCCAGGGGGUGAUGACCGGCGAGAGCACCGCCGGGGUCAUCAUUUCGCUGAGCCGCAUCUUCACCAAACUCCUCCUGUCGGACGAGAAGGAGAACACCAUCAUCUUCUUCUUCAUCUCCAUCACCCUCGAGCUCAUCUGCUUCGUCCUCCACCUCCUGGUGAAGAGGACGCACUUUGUGAAGUACUACACCGCCCACUCUCGGGACAGGGGGCCCCCCGAGUCCAGGGGAGCUGGGGGCCACGGCUCUGGGUACAGGGUCCACCAUGACGUCACAGCCGAAGACAUCCGAUUUGAGAACCGGCCAGGGGGGCAAGAGGCCUCCCCCCCAGAAGCCUUCGGGCAGGAGGGGGAGCUGGCUGGCGGCGGAGGCACCUACGUGAGAUUUGACGUCCCUCGGGCCAAAUUCCAGAGGAGCUGGCCGAGCUUCAGAGACAUGAUGCUCCACUGAUACAUCGUCUCGAGAGUCAUCUGGGCAUACAUGCUCUCCAUCGCGAUGACGUACUUCAUCACGCUGUGCCUCUUCCCCGGACUGGAGUCGGAAAUCCGCAACUGCACCCUCGGCGAGUGGCUUCCCAUUCUCAUCAUGGCCAUCUUCAACCUCUCGGACUUUGUGGGCAAGAUCCUGGCUGCCUUGCCCUACGACUGGAGAGGCACCCACCUCCUCAUCUAUUCCUGCCUGAGGGUCGUCUUCAUCCCGCUCUUCAUCAUGUGCGUCUACCCCAGCGGGAAGCCCACCUUCGGCCACCCGGCCUGGCCCUGCAUCUUCUCCCUCCUCAUGGGCAUCACCAACGGCUACUUUGGGAGCGUGCCCAUGAUCCUGGCAGCGGGCAAAGUGAGCCCCGAGCAGCGGGAGCUGGCAGGUAACACCAUGACCGUCUCCUACAUGUCGGGCUUGACUCUGGGCUCUGCCGUAGCCUAUUUCGCUUACAGCCUCACGAGCCUCUCCCACAGCACCUGUUUCCGCACCGAGACCUACAACAGCUCCAUCACGCCAGGGUACUGA